GCUCGCCGACAUGGAUGCAUAAAUACAUGAGGUCCCCUUGACUGUCUCCUUCACCGCGGGCUCGCAGGCUGACACAGCUGAAUUUCCACCGAGCUGACCGCUGUCCUUGCAGUACGGGGGGAAACACAAAAAAACAGGGACCUUGCAAUGAUCUCGCUGGAUUUCAAUUUCAACAUUUUGACAAGGGACCUGUCACAUUAUCUAGAGAAUCAAGUGAAAGUUGGGCUGUUCGGUUCGGGAGUGGGGCUGUCUCUGGUGCUGGGCUUCAGUGCAGCGUAUACCUGCUACUAUUUGAUUUCGGUAGCGAAGAAGCCACAGCUCAUCUCAGGAGGCAAGAAGUUCUGCCAGUUUCUUAGGGAGCAAUGUCCGGUGGUGUCAGAGACCUACUACCCCACCUUCUGGUGCUGGGAGAGCCGCAUCCAGACUCUGCUCAGGCCCUUCGUCACAGCCAAACCUGGGGUGGUUUACAGAAAUGAGCUUAUUAAGGCAGCAGAUGGAGGACAGAUCUCAUUGGAUUGGUUUGACAACGAUGACAGCCUCUCUUAUCCCAACCCGGACACCAGGCCCACCAUCCUCCUGCUGCCUGGUCUGACCGGCACCAGCCGGGAGUCCUACAUCCUGCACAUGGUCCAGCAGAGCCGGGAUCUGGGCUAUAGGUGUGUGGUGUUCAACAACCGAGGGGUUUCUGGUGAAACGCUGCUGACCCCGAGGACCUACUGUGCAGCCAACACAGAGGACCUGGAGGCCGUCAUCGAGCACAUCCAGAGGAACAACGGGGCUGCUCCAGUUAUGGCUGCUGGCGUGUCCAUGGGCGGCAUGAUGCUGGUGAACUACCUGGGAAGCAAGGGCCGGCAGACGUGUCUGAAGGGGGUGGUGGUCUUCUCAGCGGGCUGGGAUGUGUUCGAGUGCACGGCGUCUCUAGAAAAGCCCCUGGACCGUUUUCUCUUCAACUCCUACCUCACCAGCUGCCUACAAGCCUCUGUGCACAGACACAGGCCCGUGCUUGAAAAGUGUUACGACAUCGACCACGUCAUGAAGGCCAGAACCAUUCGGGAGUUUGACGAGCGGUUCACCUCCAUAAUGUUCGGGUAUCCAACCAAUGACGACUACUACCGUGAUGCCAGUCCCGUGCACAAGCUGAAGUCUGUGCAGGUGCCAAUGCUGUGUCUGAACGCUGCUGACGACGUCUUCUCCCCGUCUCACGCCAUUCCGGUGGAGGUGGUGAAGCAGAAUCCUAACUUGGCCAUGAUCAUCACCUGCCACGGCGGCCAUAUUGGCUUCCUCGAGGGCCUUUGGCCUCGACGGAGCACUUACAUGGACAGAGUGUUCAAGCAGUUUGCUAAGGCGGUGAUUGAACAAGGCAGUUGCCUCAAAGACCUCUCCUGAUAAAGACCUGAAGUGUUCCUCUGCUUUUACCUCCUCGCUCGGAUUCCUUGGUUUUGAUUGUGUUCUUUCCUUUCUAUAUUUCCCUGUUGCAGUAAAACCUUCAAUCCUUCCGUUUCUUUCAUGAGCCUCCUUUUUCUUUUCUUUCCUCCUUCUAACUGCAUUACGUCUGCUCUCUCCUCUCUACUUAAUUCUGCUCUGUCUUCCAUUGUCUUUGUUCCACACUUUCCCUCCCUGUUCUUCUAUUUCAACAAGCAAAAAACAUUGUCUCUCAUUGAAGGGCACGUCUUACUGAAUGCAGUGUUUGUGACGCGUUCAGCAUUUUUUAAUUUAUUCCAUGAAGUUGACGCAGUCCUGCUCUCAAUGGGACGCUUACGAACAACAAAAUACAAGCAAACGCUGAAUCUGCAUUGCUAUGUUGCAUUAGUCAUUUAAAAGAACCUGUAGUUACAGCGUGCAAUCGUGUUCUUUUAAAGUUCAAAUGAAAAUCCAUUUGUCUUUGUUCAUAAAACGUCUUCUGGCGCUUUUAUCAAUAGGAUUUUAGCCCUCAGGGAUUUACUUUAUUUAAUCAUAUUCUGCUGCCCUUUAGUUUGGACGUUCCCCAUUUUUAACCCACUAACACAUUAUUUAACGUUUUAAAGAAAUAGUUCGAAACUAAGAAGAAUGAUAAGUUUCCCAAAUGAUCAAACUCUCCCUUUCUUUCACCUUCUGCACUUUUACACAUUUUAUCUUUUUGCACAUGGUUUGCAUCAUGAAGAAUAGUUCAUUAAUGAUGAGGAAUGUGAAAUUGCACUAUUUUAGUUGAUACUUCAUGCCUCUAAUGCCGUACUGCAAUGCACUUCAUUUCAUUCAUUGUGUGAAAGUGUGAGCCGGGUUAAACAGGGCAGUGGUUCCUGCUCUGAAUCAGCCGGAGGGUGCUAGAGAAAGUGAAUGGAAUAACGCACUUACAGUAGAAAACCAAGACAGUGUGCAUACUGGCUAAAGUGGUGAUGUGGCUUUGUGUUGCUGAUGGAGCCUGGUGUGGGUCUGUGCUUCGUCUCGCCAGCGAUGAUCAAGCGGCUGGCUACCGUGGGUGAGUUGGCUUCGAUGAAAAGGCCCAACCUCGCCGGGGGUCCGGCAGCACCAGGGGCUCCGACGGACUGUGGAAUGUGGUGUCGGCUCAGCCAAGUGUCCACUGAGUAGCAUGUGUCUCAUCAGCGUCGUCAUGUCCGGAACCUUAACAUACUUUGAGAUCUGUAGCACAAGAGGACAUGUUUGUUUUCUCAUUGGAUGCUGCAUUUAAUUUUGUACAUUACACCCAAAACGAGAAAAGAUGAACAUUCAUGUGCAGCAAUAAGAAAGUGUCUCUAUAGUGUAAGCGCUAGUAUAUGCACAUUAUCAACGUGAGUGUAAUAUGCUGUAUUUAAUAAAUGAUCCAACAAAGUC